GCUGGACUGACCUCAUCGCGAACUGAUAUCAUCGCUGGGGCUCCGUCGCCUGCCGAAAUUACCGCAUCCGGCAAUUUUCGGUGGAUCCCGGUGACAUCAUGUUCAUCCUCAACUUUUUAUAUAGCCCGGACCGAAGAGCAAGUGUUGUGGUGAGAUUCUUGCAAGGUCCUUACACUAUCUCUAUAGAGACUACUCUCAUUACCAACCUAUACAUCAAUCGCAACCAUGGGAUACGAUUUCACCAUCUACAAAGGAUCCAAGGACGGAUCCAUCAAGCAAGCCACCUCCCACCGCGAUGACCUGAAGAAAGACCAAGUGCUGGUGCGGGUCACCCACUCCGGAGUGUGCGGGACGGAUCUGCACUACCAGACGACGGACAUGGCGCUGGGCCACGAGGGCGCCGGCGUGGUCGAGGAGGUGGGCCCCGAGGUGCAGGACCUGAAGAAGGGGGACCGGGUGGGCUGGGGGUACGAGCACGACUGCUGCGGCCGAUGCUCCAACUGCCUGACGGGCUGGGAGACGAUGUGCCCGGAGCGGGCGAUGUACGCGGGGGCGGAUCUGGACCAGGGCUCGUUCGCUACCCACGCCGUCUGGCGCGAGGCCUUCCUGUUCAAGAUCCCCGACGGGCUCAGCAACGAGGACUCGGCCCCGCUCAUGUGCGGCGGGUCGACCGUCUUCAACGCUCUGGUCGUUGCGGGCGUGAAGUCGACCUCCCGCGUGGGAAUCGUCGGCAUCGGCGGGCUCGGCCACCUGGCCAUCCAGUUCGCCGCCAAGAUGGGCUGCGACGUCGUCGUCUUUUCCGGCAGUGACAGCAAGAAGGAGGAGGCGCUCAAGCUGGGCGCGAGGGAAUUCCACGCGACCAAGGGCGCCAAGGAGCUGAAGAUCGGCAAGCCUCUCAACCACCUGAUCGUCUCUACCAGCAGCCAGCCCGACUGGAAUCUCUAUACCUCCGUCCUGGCCCCCGGCGCCGUCAUCUCGCCGCUCUCCGUCGACAGCGCCGAGUUCAAGUUCCCCUACAUGACCCUCCUCAGCAGUGGCCUGCGCGUGCAGGGCGGCAUCGUCUCCGCGAGACAGGUCCACCGCGACAUGCUGGCCUUUGCUGCCCUGCACGGCAUCAAGCCCAUCAAGAUGACCUUCCCGUUGACGCAGGAGGGUGUGCAGGAGGCAUUGAAGACGUUGGAUGAGGGCAAGAUGAGAUACAGGGGUGUUCUUGUUGCGCAAUAGAGCGUUUGAUUGGGUAUGAGCGUGGGGGAGCUAGAAAGACGAGAAACAAGUGAUUGGAUGUAUAGUAUAAUUUGCGGAUAAUGAUGAUGAUGAUGAUGACUCUAUUUGAUGGGAUCUUAACGAGACCUUGACAGCGACAUGCAACAAAUGGGGUGGGGGUGGGGGGCUUUUUGCGGAGGUGUAGUAUGAUAGAAAUAUACUGAGUUGAUGGUUGUGGGCUGGAAUGGUCUUGCUUUAUAUACUGGUUGAUGAUGAGAAACUGCCUGUCUAUGUCUGAUCCUAAUGUUCAAGUCCGAAAUCUAUCGGGAUUGCGAUCUGCACUAUGCGGAUUCGGUUUAGUGACUAUCAGCAAAUAUGUUC